AGCUUAACGUGUGCGUCUCUUUACCGCUCUUGCGCCCGUGCAGAGAAGGAGGUGGCGGAACCCGAGGUGCGGAUGGUGAACGGCAAACCAAAGAAAGUGCGCAAACCCCGGACUAUUUAUUCCAGCUUUCAGCUGGCAGCGUUGCAGAGGAGGUUUCAGAAGACCCAGUACCUCGCCCUGCCCGAGCGGGCCGAGCUGGCAGCCUCCCUGGGACUCACGCAAACACAGGUGAAAAUCUGGUUUCAGAAUAAAAGAUCCAAGAUCAAGAAGAUCAUGAAAAACGGGGAGAUGCCUCCGGAGCACAGCCCCAGCUCCAGCGACCCCAUGGCCUGCAACUCUCCACAGUCACCUGCGGUUUGGGAACCUCAGGGCUCGUCCCGCUCCCUCAGCCACCAUGCCCAUGCACACGCUCACCCUCCAAACUCCAACCCGUCCCCUGCAUCCAGCUACCUGGAGAGCUCCGCUUCCUGGUACCCCGCUGCCAACUCCAUCAACUCCCACCUCCAACCCCACGGCUCCCUACAGCACCCGUUAGCGCUGGCCUCUGGGACGAUUUAUUAGAGCCUGGUCCUUAUUAUUUUAUUUUUUGUAAUUUUUUUUUUUUUUUUGUUCCUUGGACUCCUGUGUUUUACUGUUAAGGAAUAAUAACGAAAGGAAUGCAUAUGGGGAAUUUUUAAAAGGGAAAAGAAACAAACAAAAAGAUUAAAAUGUGUAAAGCUUGUGCAUGUAACUUAUUGCAUUUCAAAGGAAACCCUUUUUUAUACAAUACGGACAUUUUUUGGCUCAGCUGUGGACACUAUCAUUGGUGCCUUGAAAUCUAUGACCUCAACUUUUCCAGAGACUUUUUUCAAUGUUAUUUUAACCUGUAAAUAAUUGUAGAUAGAGGAAUUAAACUGUAUAUUCUGAAUAAAAUAAAAUUAUUUCGACCAAGAGAAA